AAUCCCUCGCCACGUGCGAAUGCUUGUGUUCAAUCACGCGGCACGAGAGGAGGUUGUGUCUGUCACUCAAUAGGUUGUGCUUUGCGCGCAACCCGCAGGUUUGAAAGUUGGAUUGGGAGCUCUGGGAUGAUGGUCCUCAAACCAAUGGCUAGAAACAAGUGCUGCCGAAACCGAUUCUUUCUUUGGCUAGCAGUACAGGUAGCCAAGCCUGGCACCGCUCGCGGCUCUGGUUAGACUUCAACCACUCACGUCCUAUCCCAGGGAUUUCCUUCUUCUGGUGCUUGCAUGUUCUUGCAAGGAUCGCGCCGAUACUUCCUGCGGCGAGUUGUUUUAGUAAGACACAUUUCUGCCGCAUUUGCGACACGCGUCGCGGUCUUCCUUUGGCGCCGUCGAUCAUUCCACGGCGAUAGCUCAGAUACAUCAGGCGACCAUGGGCCGGCCCAUUAAAUACGUCAAAUAUAGUAACAUCAAGAACUCUAUAACGGGGAUUGACUCCCUACAGAAGCCCGCCUUGUAGGAGCUUCUUUCAGAUUCAAACCGAGAGCCCGAGCCGGCGUGAUUCCAGAAGUGAUUUUCGCCCUUUCAGUCAUCGAAGUCGAUUACAUUGUACUAGUAGUGAUUCCGAAUUGGAGGUGUAGGAAGAAAGACCUGCUACGGUUUAUCUCUUGCGUGCUGUUGGAUCGAAAACAGAAACCAUGAGGUCUAGCGUGACGUCUCUAUCGUCUAGUCUGCGAUCCAGGAAGGGGGUGAUUUUCAGGACUGGUGGUGGUGGUAGUGAUUCCAAAAGGACUCCUCGGAGGAACGGGCGUGCGACUGGAGAACUUUGGAAACCGGAGGAGGACAAGGUUUUAUUGGCCCACGUGGCACGGUAUGGCUCAAACAAGUGGAGACUGAUCAAAUCCAUGGGUCUUCUGCCCACACGAAAUCACAAGGCGUGUUGUAAUCGCUUCAUUGUACUUAAAAGGAAGCUGUCGAAGCUGCACCAGCUCACACGAGGCAUGGACGAGGCUGCACAGGCUGUGAUGCCGAUGGCAACGGCAAUGGAGACGGCAAUGGAGACGGCGAUGGGGAUGGCGACAACAAUGCAGCAGUCAUCUGGAGCAAGAGCUCAUGGUUCUCCUAGCGCCUCUUCCGUUCAAGAGCAGCAGCACCACUCGAGUCAGCCGCACAUGUUGUGUCAGCAACCGCACGUGCAGUGUCAGCAGCAGUACAAACAGAGUCAGCAGCGCACGUCUAGCCAUCAGCUAUGCACUCCAGCUGCGAUGGACAUGGCUGAGAGCAUGGUCACAAUGAUGAUGUCGAUGCCUCAGAGCUAUUUUGAGUCGGCUCAAGAGACAUUGAGCCCUCAACAGUGCACUCCAGCGAGGGACAUGGCUGAGAGAAUUAUCCCAAUGAUGAUUAUGCAGAGCUCAGCAGCAGUAGACGCCGAGGAGAACUCAUGCAGAAGAUUUGAUGAGGAGCUGCUUGAAUCUGCUAUAACGGAUGCUGAGAUUGGAGACCCUAUACUGGUAAAGAGCCAGGCCGAAAUGGAGGAUGAAGCGACAGAUGCAGCAAGAGAAGAAGCGACAGAUGAAUUCAUGGCGGGACUCAUCACUGACUCCAGCCCAGCAGCCAUGCCUGCUCCGCCCCUGUGCUCGCCUGGGCACGUAUCAUCAUGCCUUCCAACGUCGCAAGAGAGCCUUUCAGCAUCACAGCAGAGCCCUGUGCAGGGGAGCAAGGCAAUCGGAAGCUCACCCUUGAUGGACUCGCCCAUGCAGGAGCUGUAUCCGUUUGAAGCCGCCCCGUUGGGGAAACUGACUCAGCGGACGCCUCAGCAGAUGCAUCAGCAGAUACCUCAGCAGGAAGCCGUUUUUUGUGGAGUCAAUGUCGUCAGAAGUCUGCAAGCCGAAGUGGAUCCGAUGCCACCUGUCUGUGCGGCCCCUGCCGGCAUCCGUCACAGCUUUUCGGAUCGGGAUGCUGCUGCUGCUGCUAAUGAUGAUGCUCUUCUUUCCACCUUCGCUGGUUCGCGUUCUGCAGACACUGCAUUUCCUGGUGUGGUGUACCCUUGGUAUCCUGAACCGUGCUAUGCUGAUGUGGCAUCAAGUGGCGGUUCCGAUUCCGAUUGGCUUGCUGCUGCUGACAACGCGAUUGCGUCGUUUCUUAUCGAGGCUGCGCUGCUGAAAAUCAGCACCGCUCUGCUGCAGCCAGAGUCAACACUGCACUUCGCUCCUAUGCCUCCCUCCUCUCUACCAGUUAAUCAGGAGGAGGGGUCCCUGAAGCCCUCAGUAACAGUUAACCAGGAGCAGGGGUCCAUGGAACCUUCACUACAGUCAAGACUCCAAGGGAAGCCCAUGCCAGUCUCCUUCCCUGCCCCUACUGCCACCGCACAACCAGCAUUGCAAUCAGCAACCCCCUCCCUGCUUCCACCACCCCCCCCUGGUACUGAAUCAGCAUACCCUCUGCAUUUUUGCUUCCCUUCUGCCACUGCACAACCGGCAUUGCAAUCAGUUACUUCCUCCCUGCUUCCACCGCUGCCAUCCUCUACUGUAUCAGCAGGCCCUGUGCAUGUUUCACUCCCUGCUGCCGCCUCAGAACCAGCACCACCAUCUACUGUUCACAACCCUAGCCACUCUCUGAUUCCACCACUAGCACCGUCUACUGUACUAUCAACAGACCUCAUGCAAUUUUCCGUCCCUGCUGCCACUGCACAACCAGCAUUGCCAUCUACCGUUUGCAACCCAACGCCCUCUCUGCUUCCGCCGCUGCCACCAUCUUCCGUACAUCCUUGUGUUCCGCUUGCUGCUACGUUUGCCACUGCUGCUCCUGGCCGGCCUCUUGCUGCUGCCAUGGAGCCAUGGAGCAAUGAGGCUGUCAGUUUGAGAGACCGGUUGAAGCCGGACGAGCUAUUUGAAGCAUGGUGCAGUGGAUCGUUCUCCAGGGUACUUCACGGCUACUGCUGAAGCCCCAACCAUUUUGUACAGUUAAAUGGUAGCUAUUGAUGCUUAUGGCGUUUUCCUAACCCCCUGUCGGACUGUCGGACCCACCUCGUGCCUAACUCAUGUGGUGAGAGGAGGAAGUGCUCGAUCACGUGGUUCGGUUCAGCUCGGCUCGCCAAGCCAGAUCUGAGGCUUCAGAAUCACGCCUUUGGCUGUAUCAGGGUCACUGUCAUAUGGUGUGCACCCUGACCCUAGUUGUGCAACAACAAAGGUUGGAGUUGAAGCUACUACAUAUUUAGUAUGUACAAUUUGAAUAAGCUUAAUCAUGGCUCUUAACAUAAUCAAUGUGAUGACUUCUA